UUCGAGCAUCGUGUUUGUAAACAUUUAACCAUACUACGUUAUACUGUCACAUUCAAUUAAUACUUUGCAUUCAUUGACGAAGGAACGAAAAUAAACAAAAAUGUUGUGAUUAAAUUCCAAUCAUUACAUGGAUUCACACUGCACACUUUCUGAGUUCUCAACAGUUUCGUGCUAUUGCUAAGGACAAAAAUAAUAAAUCUGAAAUGUCAUACAACUACAAAAAGUGUAAUAAUAUCAGAAAAAAUAAUAUGCAAUCCCCAAUCAUGGGUUUGUGUAAUAUGAUGCCUGUCCCCACGGGGGCGCCGUGGAAUGUACAUGAUAUGCCUUGGAGUUCCAAUAUUCCCAAUUCUAGAGUCAUGGAAUUUAAUGCAGUACAAAACAAUUGUGGACCUAAAAUUAUUCAUCAUAAGAGGAAGUCGGAAUUAGAACCUGCAAUCCCUUCUAAGCAACAUAUAUCUGAAGAAAAAAUGGCUGCACAUUUUAACAACUUACACAUUUCAUUAGACUACCCUACAGACUCUGUUACUUACGAUAAUUACGAUAUGGAUUCAAUGACUAACAACAAUGAUACAAUUAAUGUAGAUUUUGAAACAAGAUUAAAAAAUGCACAAAAAAUUGUUUUGUGUGAAGAAAUGAGGCAGUUGAAAAACGAACCAAUUGUACCAUUAUCAUUGUUAAAUAGUUUAGAGAGGCCCUGUAAGGCUGUUGUUUUAUGGCAACCCCCACCUACAUUAGAUAUACGUAAUAUUAAUAGUUUAGAGCAAAGUGAAGAAAGAGAGCAAGACAAUAAUAAUUGUUGUAGUGUUGAUUUAAAUAGUAUGGAAGUGGAAAUGGAUGUUUGAGAAUUUUGUGUUUAUACCUUUUAAGUUAAUUAGGAAAGAAUGGCAAUGAAAUUUUUGUAUGUCUUAUUUCGAUGAAAUAAGCAUAGUGUGCCAUUAAACAAUUUCAAAAUACUUAUAUAAAAUAAAGUUUAUGCAGUCAUAGAUCUAAGCUAA